AUGACUUCAAUUUUUGUAGCUCUAUGUUUUAUUAAAACUAUCUCAGGAAGUGAAAAAUGUGUUUACGGAAACGCUGUUUACAGAACAAAUAGUAACAAAGAAAAAUUUAGAAAAUUAACUUACAAAGGUUUUAUAACCCAAGAAUCUUUAAUUACUGAGUUAGAAAAAAACUCCAUAGCUUUAAUAAUUGGGAGAUAUGUAUUUAAAGACACCGAAUAUCUCAAACCAUACCAAUUUCCACCUCCAAUGACAAUCGAAAUCACUCCAGAUGAUUUACUCUAUUUGUCUUCACUAUUACUAUUUUUUGCUUCUAUCAUUUCUAAUACCCACUUUUCUAAUAAUGAAUUUGGCAAAAAAAGCUUUAUGCUUUCUAAAAAAUUAUAUAAUGGUAUUACUGGUUAUAAAAACAUAGAAACCAAAAUGAUUGUAUCUUAUACCAAUCAAAAUAGUCAAUAUAAUACAUUAAAAGAUAACCUAAAAAAAACAGUUCUUGCAGUAAUUGGAAGAUUAAAAAUUGGUACAAAAAAAAUGCUUCAUAUCAUAGCCACAGAUAUUGAAUGGAACUAUGUUAGUAAUAAACAAACCUCUGAUAAUUUGAAUAAAGCAAAAGCAAAAGCUCAAGGUGACAUUAACGACUAUCUCGAAAGUAUUGAAGAAAAGUACACCAAAUUAAAUUCUUCCUCCUCAAGAAAAAGACAACACUCAAAUUUACCACCUACUUCUCUAUCAAAAGCACAAAAGACCAACCCUUAA